GAGCCCUUUUUUAACCCAUCGUUUGAUGAACCAAACGCUGACGGAGAUUUUGACGGAUCUCCAAGGACGUUGGGAGACGCUGUCUCUCCCGUGUCAGUCAAUAUCAAGUCUGACCUUGCCCACACAGGUUUUCACUCGGCAUAUUGGUCCAUGAUAAACACCGCGCAAAAUGGUUACAUUAAACAGGCAGUGACCUUGGAACAAAGACAGCUUUGCUCGCUGACGUACUGGUGGUACGUCUAUGAAGACCAGCAGCCGCAAAACUUCCAGGAUUGCUACAUAGGCGUUGAGCAAAGAAGCGUCGAUGACAGCGGAGCGUACUUCCCCGACUUUCUGCAGCUUGAAACACCUUUGCCUCUCAAGACCUGGACCAAACAAGAUAUAACUUUUAAUUCCGAAACCAUCAGCCCAGCAGCCAUGAAACUUUCUAUCAGAUGUUUAACAAAUGCGGGCAGUGGACUCAGGAUUGCUAUUGAUGAUAUCCACUUGCCAAAGAAGGCUUAG